AACGUUCAAACCGUUCAGUCACUGAUUGCCCGCAACGGAGAGCGCGUGUCGUUGUCGAAGCGAAGCCGGUAUUGCGCGGGAGCACACACGAUAAACAUUUUAUUACCUAGUUUACAAUAGUUCAAUCUAAACUGGACCUUUAAUAGUGAGUUAUAGUGUGUAUCCCAGAGAUUUGGAUAAUCAGAGAUCAAAACUGAAAGUGAAACUGAAAUAUCGACGUGCGCAGAUAAGCAAAGAGAACAUGCUGACUAGACUGCUGACAUUAGCACUGGUGGCGGCGAGCUGGCACGCCACCGACGCCUGCACCUGCUCACUUGAACACCCACAGUCACACUUUUGCAACAGUGAUUUUGUGAUCGUGGGUCGAGUACAAAAAUUAUUCAAAGGAAGCGACUUUUAUGACGCAUACAAAGUUAAAAUCAGAAAUGUAUUUAAACAAACCCCGAAGGCAGCAUUAGCCUUAAAAGCUGGGCGAAUAUUAACGCCUUCACAUGAUUCCCUGUGCGGAGUCACACUUCAGCCGCGAGAGACAUAUGUUAUAACAGGUCGCAUUGUGCAUCUGCAGGCUCACAUACAUCUCUGCGGAUACAUUAACAAGUGGCGCGAAGUUACUCCGCGACAACGAAAAGGAUUCAGACUGCUCUACAAACAAGGCUGCAUGUGCAAGGUACACGUAAACCGACGCAGUACGAAAUCACCAAACACUUGUGUGGCGGGCUACGACGAAUGCUACGAGCGACAUGGUAUCUGCCUUCAUGACCGCGAAAGACGCUGCCGUUGGACUAGGGCCCCGGCUCUCACAAGAUGCCUGCAGAAACAACACUUCAACAGCACCAUGACUUGAUUCAUCGAACGACUCGAUCAAACGUAAACAUUUAAUUGUAACAAACAUUUGUAUAUUUGACUCGACUCCAUAGAAAUUCCGGUUACCUUAUACUGUUACUAAUAAUUUGUAGAAACGCGAUGAGUUACUAAGCCAAAAUCUUCAUCCUAACAAGCCUCGUAGGUUCAGCCUUGUAAUUGUGGUAUUACGCGCAGUAACUAAACAUUUGUGUUGAAUUAAAAUAUAUAAAUUACUCCCAAGAUAGAGUAAAGGAUUAACGUUCUGGCUAGUCACGGAGGUGUCUAACAAUAGAAC